UUCGCUGCUGGGGCCCGGACGUGGUUCCUGUCCCUGUGCCCGUGCCAUGGACUCCCGCCUCUAUCGCAACGUCCAUCCCGGCGCCGUUAUUAAUAUCCAGCGGAGCAGUGGCUUAAUCCAUAAGGCAACGGUGAAGGUAGUGAACGUGGAGCACUCCUGCGUGACCGUGGAGUGGCCUGAGGGCGGCGCCACCAAAGGCAAGGAGGUUGAUAUUAAUGAUGUGAUUGCAAUAAAUCCUGAAUUAUUAGAGCUGCCUCCUCCUGAUGUGAAAGAAAAUGUUCCUUUGCCAUUCAAUGUAACUUUACAGAAACAGAAGCGUAGAACAACUCUUUCAAAAAUUCCUGCUCCACGGGAAGCAGUCACACCUAAUGUCUCUGCACAUGAGCAGAAGAUUCAAGCUGUGCGUGGCCGUUCCAGGAUGUCUGCUAUCACAGAAUCCCAGUGCAGCUUCCAGGAAGAUGAGAUGGCAGUAGAUCCCUGCACUUCUUUGCAAACCAGAAAAUAUGUGUCACUUCCUGCUGGCCAAACCAGGGCUAGAGGGCUGGGUUGUAUUCCAGAAGCCUCCCAGUCAAGUGUAAAUGGAAAUACAGAGAAUCAUCUGCCUGCUCCUAGGACAAGCUCUUCAGAGAGCCCAGUUCGAAGAAGAUCUAACAUUGUGAAAGAGAUGGAGAAAAUGAGAAACAAGAGAGAAGAAAAGAGAGCUCAAAUGAGUGAAAUCAGGCUAAAACGAGCACAGGACUUUGACAGUACCUGUCCAAACUGGGAGUUUGCACGUAUGAUCAAGGAAUUCAGAGAAACUUUAAACUGCCAGCCAAUAUCUAUAAGUGAUCCAAUAGAAGAGCACAGGAUUUGUGUCUGUGUGAGAAAGCGUCCUCUCAAUAGGCAAGAACUUCUAAAAAAGGAAUGUGAUGUGGUUACUGUUCCGAGCAAGUGUGUCUUGAUGGUGCAUGAGCCAAAGCAGAAAGUGGACCUAACAAAAUACCUUGAAACCCAAACAUUUAGAUUUGACUUUUCAUUUGAUGAAACUUCUUCGAAUGAAAUGGUAUACAGAUUCACUGCUAGACCUCUUGUAGAGACCAUCUUUGAGGGUGGGAAGGCGACAUGCUUUGCAUAUGGCCAGACAGGCAGUGGCAAGACACAUACUAUGGGUGGAGACUUCUCUGGGAGAACCCAGAAUGCCUCACAGGGCAUAUAUGCUUUUGCCUCACAAGAUGUCUUCCUCCUCCUAAACCAGCCCAGGUACAGGAAUCAGAAUCUGGAAGUCUAUGUGACUUUCUUUGAAAUAUACAAUGGAAAAGUGUUUGACCUCUUGAAUAAGAAGGCCAAGCUUCGAGUCCUGGAGGAUGGCAAGCAACAGGUCCAGGUCGUUGGUCUCCAAGAAAAACCAGUUAGCUGUGCUGAGGAUGUCAUCAGAAUGAUUACGAUUGGCAGUGCCUGCAGGACAUCUGGGCACACAUUUGCAAAUACCAGCUCUUCACGGUCACAUGCCUGCUUCCAAAUCAUACUGCGCCGAAGAGGACAAAUGAUUGGCAAAUUUUCCUUGGUGGAUCUGGCAGGAAAUGAAAGGGGUGCAGACACAUCUAGUGCUGAUCGGCAGACACGGAUGGAAGGUGCUGAAAUCAAUAAGAGCUUGCUGGCUUUGAAGGAGUGCAUCCGAGCUUUAGGGCAGAACAAGUCUCAUACCCCUUUUCGGGAGAGCAAGCUGACACAGGUGCUAAGAGACUCUUUCAUAGGAGCAAACUCAAGGACCUGCAUGAUAGCAAUGAUUUCUCCAGGCAUGAGUUCGUGUGAGUACACCUUAAACACACUGAGAUAUGCUGACAGAGUGAAAGAGCUCAGCCCUCAUGAUGGAGGUAGUGAAACUCAGAAUCAAAUGGAGACUGAGGAGACUGAGACCAGUACAGAAGGCUCAGGUCUUGAAUUCAAUCUCUCCAAGGAUGAGGAAGAAGAACUCUCUCCCCACAUGUUCAGCUAUCGAGAGGUUAUGGCUCAAAUUAGUGAACGGGAGGAGAAGGUUGUAGAACAGCUCAGAGAACUGAGACAGAGAAUGACUACUGAACUUGACUACCUCUUGGGAAUCACAGAGAAGCCAGAUUAUGAUCUUGAGACCUUUGUGAGCAGAGCUAAGUACUUCGUGGAGGACAGCUCAAGAAAUUUCCUCAGUGUCAGAGAAACACUGGAUGCCCUGGGGACUGCCAUGCAACUGGAGGAGCAAGCCAGCAAGCAGAUAAGCCAGCAGAGGCCUUAGUCAUUAUAGCAAAACCUGGUUCACAAGCAAUGUUGCAUGCACUUGUCUUGUCUUGCAUAUUUGUCAGUGGUUUGUAUGACUCCUGUUUUAAAUGUAGUAGGGUGUCUGCAGGUCAUAUGCCCAAGGGCAGUGAACACAGCAGUCUUUUUCUUCAUAGCCUGAAUCAGGAUACUCAGAAAAGUGCUAAAAUCCGCCUACUGCAAGGCUUGGGUAGGGGGCCUGAGAGUCUGCAGUCUGCCUGAGAUAUUUGGCAUUUGGCCCUUUGCUAGUGACACUGGUCUCCCCUAAGAGAACUAAAUACAUAUGUAUAGGUUAUGUAUACACAUAACCUUUUCCAGAUAUGCUUAAAACAUUGCAAAACUGUUGAAGGUUUUGCUUUUAUAGAAAGAGAAUGGACUAUGUGAUUGUAAAAACCAGUAUUUUAAGAAGUUGAAUAAAUAAAUGCUCUUGGAUCUCAU